UUUGGCAUAAGAGGGAACACCCAUUGUACACGAAUGACGUCCGCCCGAUUGAAUUCCUCAAGCUCAGUGCAUUGGUUAUUGUGUGAAUUGAUGUCGAAGCCAGUGACAGUGUGUCAACCAUGGAAGGACUGUAACUUAUUUCUGUCGGAAAUUUAUAGUAUUCUUCACAUAUUUUAGGAUUGUGACAUUGGAUAUAUCCUUGUUUUCACCAUGGGGAAUUGUUUGCGUGGAUUAGGACUCACAAAGAGCGAUAAACAUUAUAAUCCAUCCCCAGCAACGCAGGUAUCUGGAGGUAAUGAUGUCGGGAUGCAGUCAACGUCUGCGCCCGGAGCUCCGGGGUCGCACAUCGUGGUGAACGCACCUCCUCCACAUAGCACAACACACCAAUCUUAUAAUAUAGGACCAAGUGCUGGGCCUAGCGGUCGGAAUGAGCCAUCCAAUCUGAAGAGAUAUGUAGCCCUGUUUGACUAUGAAGCGAGGACUCAAGAUGAUUUAGGUUUUAAGAAAGGAGAAGAAUUAGAAGUUCAGAAUGACUCUGGUGAUUGGUGGUUAGCGAGAUCGAGACUCACCGGUUUAGAAGGCUACAUCCCGUGUAAUUAUGUGGCUAAAGUGCAAUCUUUAGAAUCAGAACCGUGGUAUUUUGGGAAGAUCAAACGGUCGGAGGCGGAAAAGAACUUGGAGGAUGAAGGCAACGAACACGGCUCGUUCCUACUGAGAAAGAGCGAGAGUAAUAUUAAUGACCAUUCCUUGUCAGUGCGCGAUGGAGACACGAUCAAACACUAUCGCAUCAGACAGCUUGACGAGGGAGGAUAUUUCAUUGCGAGGAGAUGUACGUUCGCAACCCUGGUUGAACUGGUCCAACAUUAUCAACGGGAUGCCGAUGGUCUGUGUGUGAACCUCAGGAGACCAUGUGUUUUGGUUGAAAAGCCUCAGACACGAGGCCUUUCAUACAACACCGUUGAUCAAUGGGAGAUCCCAAGGAGUUCCUUACAGCUGAAGAGUCUACGAGGGACAGGACAGUUUGGUGAAGUCUGGGAAGGACUAUGGAACAACACCACACCCGUUGCAAUCAAGACGUUAAAGAACGAUACAAUGAACACAGAUGAUUUCUUGAAGGAAGCCCAGAUAAUGAAGAAACUCAGGCAUCCUAAACUAAUCCAGCUUUAUGCAGUGUGUACGAGAGAUCAACCUAUCUAUAUCGUCACUGAACUCAUGAUCAAUGGAUCUCUCUUAGAGUACCUUCAAAGUCCCAAAGGCCACUCUCUUCAGCUGAGGAUAUUGAUUGAUAUGGCAGCCCAGGUAGCCGCUGGUAUGGCAUAUCUAGAGUCACAGAACUACAUCCACAGAGACUUGGCAGCCAGGAAUGUCCUGGUGGGAGAGAACAACAUCUGCAAGGUGGCUGACUUUGGCUUAGCCAGGGUGAUCAAGGAUGAGAUCUACGAGUCUCAUGUCGGUGCCAAGUUCCCCAUCAAAUGGACGGCUCCGGAGGCUGCUAACUAUCACAGCUUCACCAUCAAAUCAGAUGUCUGGUCAUUUGGUAUUUUACUCACUGAGAUCAUCACUUAUGGAAGGAUACCAUAUCCUGGAAUGACAAACAAGGAGGUCCUGGACUGCGUGGACAGGGGAUACCGGAUGCCCAACCCUCCUGGGUGUCCUCCGGACCUGUACGAGAUCAUGCUGGAAUGCUGGAAGUCCAAGGCCAUGGAGAGACCGACCUUUGAGACGCUGCAGUGGAAGCUAGAGGAGUUCUUCGUCAUGGAAGGAGAGCAGUAUCGGGAGGCUUCGUCCAUCCGUUGAAAGCCUUAGCCUCUAGGGUCGCAACGCAAAAGAUGGCUAAGGCCACACUGCCCAAUGAUCUAGUAGCUCUUAUAUAGCCCCUUGAUCCUUCUCAUGGGUGAAUGGUUUAUUGAAGCACAGCAGCCCAGAAGGAAGGAAAAGGAAUAUUUUCAUUCAUAGGGGGUGGUCGUAAUGCUUAACAAUUGUGAUAUCCUUAAAAGAGUUAAUAUUUAUUGU